AUGAGCGUGCUCGGUCUCGAUGUUGAAGCGUACAAGCUUUGCAAGGAUCACAAGCCGGCGCACUUUCAGUUGGAAAAUGUAGUGCGGCCGAACAUUUUGGCGCUGCAGCCGUACCGGUGUGCGCGUGAUGACUAUCAAGAAGGUGUGCUUCUGGAUGCGAAUGAGAAUGCGUUAGGCACAUCGAUUCCGCCUGCACUGAACAAGCAUACCCACUUGGACCUGCAUCGGUACCCUGAUCCAUCACUUCAUGGCGUUCGUCCUCGUAUUACAGAACUGCGUGGCAUGCCACACUCAGCGUUCACAUUUCUGGGCGUAGGCAGUGAUGAGGUCAUUGAUCUUAUCCAGCGCUGUUUCGCACGACCCGGGCAAGAUAAGGUCCUGAUUUGCCCUCCAACGUAUGGAAUGUACAGCGUGAGCGCGGCUGUCAACGAUCUGGCGGUCGUAAAAGUGCCGCUGAUCACCGAAGGCGGUCAGUUCCAGGUGGAUGUGCCGAAAGUGCAAGCAGCGCUGGCGGCGGACCCCUCGAUCAAGAUGGUCUUCUUGUGCUCGCCAGGCAACCCCACCGGUACGCUUAUCCCACUGUCGGAUGUGCGAAAGAUCCUCGAGACACCCGAGUACCGUGGUCUCGUCGUUGUGGACGAGGCCUACAUUGACUUUGCGCUGGAAGAGCAGGCGAGUGGACAGAAGCACGGCACGGAGCCACUAUCAGCUGCCUCCUUGGUAUCGGAGUACGCCAACCUUAUCGUGUCCCAGACGCUGAGCAAGGCGCACGGCCUGGCCGGUGUUCGUCUCGGUCUGGCGUUUGCGCAGCCGCCGAUUAUCCAGGUGAUGAACAAUACCAAGGCACCAUACAACAUUUCGUCGCCUGCCGCGUACUUGGCAGCACAGGCCUUGACAGAGGAAAGUGUCUCACACAUGCGUGCCAAUCUACGCACCCUCAUCGCGAAUCGAGACCAGCUCGUGAAGGAUUUGGCGACGAUUCCCUCGGUUGGCCACGUCUUGGGCGGCAACGAUGCGAACUUUUUGCUGGUCCAGAUCCUCGACAAGCCUGGCGGCGUCCCUGAUAAUGACCGCGCGGCCAUGGCGUACAAGUGCAUGGCUGAGAAACACGGCUUGGUCGUGCGCAACCGAUCCAGUGAGCUGGGAUGCAAAGGCUGCCUUCGUAUUACGAUCGGCACUGCCGAAGAAAAUGCGAUGUGCAUUCAACUUUUGCGCUCGCUCCUAGCGUGA